AGUGUGGGCUGCGUCUUUAACACGCCAGGUAACAGUGACACAGGGACGACACAGAUUUACCCUGCUGAACGCCCCGUCAUUUGACAGAAAUCGAACCUCUUUUUCUGUUUUCUCCUCAUUAUAUUUAAGAUAUUUUGUCGCUUCGUCGUCGUUGUUGUUGACGCAGCGUUACCCAAAGGGUGUGCGCCUCUGUGUGCACGAAUAGACACGCGCAUCACGGGCUGCAUCCGCGUCUACACCGUCACUGCCCCUCCCUCUCUGACUGCCGGCAUCACCAGCAGCCCGGAGGGUGCUGUCAUAAACCGGAGAAUAAAUUCCCGUUUAAUGAUCGUGAAAGGGGGGCACUCGUCGUCUUUUGUGUUAAUGGUUAUUGUUGUUGUUAUGGUUGGCUGCAUUCAUUUGUAAGUGCAUGCCUAUAAUGUUCCGUUUGGACACGACCCCAUUCAGAGACGGAGCACAAACCGCUUGUUAGUGUGUUUGGGCUUGGGAGGACACGCCUGUAUAUUCGGUCGAGGGGUGAAUAAUACAUCUCUCUUUCGCUCGCAGGUUUCUCGAGGUUUUCCAAGGGCAUCCGCGAGCGGCACGUUGCGGCAGCGAUGUGCGCGUCUGACGGCUAGACGGAGCCAGAGGGAGGGAGCUUGUUUUCUGCCGCUGUAGUCGUUGAGUUUUCAGAGUCCUCGGUCACAUCCAGGGGUUCGAGUGCUCCGCUCAAGCUGUGCCUCCUCUCCGUUCACCGCCUGGCAUUUAAGGAUGCGACGUCACGAGUUGAUCGCGCCUGACAGAUGUUGCUGUGUUGCAGUUGCACGGGCAUAGGUUCUCCGCGCUUGUUCUCGUUGUGUGUGUGUGUUUUUUGGGGGGUGAUGAUUCUGUAAAACGGUUCGUGCAAUAAACGCCAAGUCCUCGCUCUGUGCUCGGACAGAUCGCGACGCUCAUUUAAAUCUUCGGGAUUCCAUAAAAUGAUACCUGGAUCCACCGCAUCAAUGCUACCGUCUGCAGAAGCUGCGAAAUUGUACCAGACCAAUUACGUCCGCAACUCCAGCGUCAUCGGACUUUUGUGGGCCAUCUUCACCAUCCUGUUCGGCAUCGUUAACGUGAUCAUCUUCUCGCAGCCUUACUGGAUCGGGGAUGGCGUGGAUACGCCGCAGGCCGGCUACUUCGGCCUUUUUCACUUUUGCGUCGGGGACGGCAUCGCCAGAGAACUGGCCUGCCAGGGUACCUUCACUGAGUUCGCCGAUAUCCCCUCCACCGCGUUCAAGGCCGCCUCCUUCUUAGUUGGAAUGUCCAUGAUGCUGAUUGUCAGCUGCAUCGGCUGCUUCAGUCUCUUCUUCCUCCUCGGCACCUCCACCGUGUACAAGAUCUGCGGCUGGAUGCAAGCGGCAUCAGGUGUCUGUCUGGUGCUGGGUUGCAUGAUCUACCCCGAUGGUUGGGACAGUGACGAGGUUCGGAGGAUGUGCGGAGAGCAGACAGACAAGUACAGCCUGGGGGCCUGCUCAGUGCGUUGGGCCUACAUCUUGGCUAUUAUGGGCAUCCUGGACGCUCUCAUCCUCUCCUUCCUGGCCUUUGUCCUGGGGAACCGGCAAGACGGACUCAUGACAGAAGAGCUGCUGGCUGAGAGCAAGGAGGGAGGCAACGCCUAACCAAAUCUGUAGGACAUACAAACACACCAUAUCUCUCCCUCUCCCUCUCCCUCUCCCUCUCUCCAUGAAGUACCAAUCAACCCUCAACAUCAGCUUGGAGGAGGGAGGCCAUCCAGGUCUGUGAAGGAGAGGAAUACUAUGGAAACAGCCAGCCUGCCUUCCACAUUGUCCUGCCACAACCCCCAGUGUAGCCUACCAUCAAAGCCCAUCCAUUUUGCUUGCAGUCCCUAAAUCCUCCCUAGCAUUAAGAUGGAGACCGAUGUACUUUCAUCCCAAUGUGUCUACAGACCUCACCCUUCAACAACAUUGAAUAGACCAUGGCAGGGGCAGAGACUGUUAUUCCGUUGAGAAAUGUAUGGACUACCCACUAUACCUACCCGAGAAGGCACAGGGUUGACAUUGUACACCUGCAGUAUAUGAGCACAGACACAAACACACACACACGCACGCGCCAACUCACUCAUAUGCACAAACACGACUCAACACACAGACAGUACAUUCAAACAAAACAUUUACAAGCUCUGUAAUUACAAGUAUUAAACUAUGUUAACACUUAGCUGUGUGUACCACCGUCAGAAUGUGUGUCAUGUUUUAUUUGUGAAAAGAAGAAACUGCUCACUUUUAGAUAAUAUCGGGUUGACGUAAAUCUGUUGUGUUUCAUUUGUAAAAGUUUGACAAUGAAAUGAAAAAUUUUAGUUUCUUUCUUUGCUCACACACCCCUUUGUUCCUCUUCAUUUACUAGAAGAAAAAAAGAUAUUUAAGAUAUUUUAUAAGAAUAUUAUCAUCCAAAAGAGAAAAAUACUUGUAUUAAAAAGUAUGUACAGUGAAUAUUAAAGAUGUUUUAACUAAAUUCAUUCAAUACCCUGCUAGCUAACUUUGCACAGCGCUUCAGUUUGAGAAGAAAUCUGAUAUUUUAUAGUUUGUGGUAUCUACACUGUGAUGGAGGCUGUUAGGACUGUGUGCUGCAGGACUCAUAGCUGCUGUGUGUGUGUGUGCGUGUGUGUGUGUGAGAGUAGGGAGGUCUGUGGUGUCUGAGUGAGUGUGAGUGCAUGCACAUCUGUGUGUUGGUGUGAAUGUGUUGUGUGCAACAGUUGGCCUAAAGAACCAAUAUGCCAGCCUGACACACAACGGUCCUGCUGUUUAGCUAAAUGUGUCCAUCUCUGUCUUUGUCUCCAGCUCUCUCUUUCUGUUUCCCUCUCUUUGACUCCCUUUCCUCGCUUUGUUUUGUUGGGACAUACAGGGUAACAUGAUGGAGAUGGAGUAUUAUGUAUAGUGACUGGUGUGCCUGAGGAGUGAACUAUAGUGGUAAUAGAUUAGUAAAGCCUGUCCCAGCGUCACCUGUGGAUAUGUUCCUGUGUAAAUAGAUAUUCUAUAUAGAUACCAAACCAUUAUCAAAUAUUGAGGAGGUUAACUUAGACCAAUUAACGAGAUUCCUUUAAGAAUAUAUCAACACUUAAUAAAGGUUUUCACUGUAAAA